GCUCUGAGCGGUCACAAAGGCGUCCUCUUCGGAGCUCGUCGGCAUCUUAAAACUGGUGCCGAGCUUGGUCCAGCGUGAGAUUGGGGGUCUCCGGUUCAGCGGGUGAGGAGUAUACGAGGCCAUCGAUUCAGUCGUCUGCUCUCGGAUAAACCUGGCGUCUCCGUGUGUCACCGGGGCGGGAGCAGGUACACGCACUGGAUCGGUUUUCCUGAUGCUAAACGCUGUGUAAUCCCUCUUAUAAGUAGGAAUAUUCUCACCCGGGGCGAUCUUGUGUCCAAGAGAGAUAUUUGUUGUAAGGAGAGACUGCUGUUUCUCUGCUGUCUCGGCCAUGUUCAAAUGCCCCAGGUGUUUUCUCCUCUGUGGUAGGUAAAUGCAGGUGAGAAAUGCCGCGAUGAUCUCCAUGGAGACGCAGAGCAGUGGAGCGUGGUGACGUUGAUACUGUUCCAACCUGGAGUCAUGUUACAAACACAAUGGAGAUUCAGUGAGCUGCGUUCAACACAAAUGCUACACUUAAAGCUCAAGAAUGGGCUGUUGUUACUGAACAGUUUCAUUGUGCUUUUUUUCAAUGAAUAACUUUUUUUUCUACAUUAUGGUACAACCAGAGGUGGGAGAGUAGCUAUAAACUACACUCAACUAAGAGUAGCAUUACUUCAAAAUAAUAUUAUUCAAGGAGAAGUACAAAGUAAGAGUAAAAACGUACACAGAGGAAACAACUACUCAAGUAAGAUUAGUUUACAGAGUAACUGUCGGGGAGUAACAUCUGAUUUAUAUUUAUAAUUUGAAGUUAAUAUAAGGUAAAGAACAAAACUUAAAACGAAUGGUCGCCUCGCUCCCAGUCCAGUAUAAAUUGUAGCUGCUCAGACCAGUACCUUCAGAUUGAAGUCGCUCAGUCAGACGGAAGGAGCUCGGAGUAGAUCCGUUGCUCCUCCACGUGGAGCGGAGCACCUGAAGCAGCUUGGGCAUCUGUUCUGGAUGUUUUCUGGACGCCUCCCUGGACAGAUGUUCUGACCAUGUCCCACCGGGAAAAGGCCAUGGGACACGCUGGACGGACUGUCUCUGUGUCCUGGGAAUGACUCAGGAUCCCCCAUCCUGGGGUGAGAGAAGUCUGGGAGUUUCUGCAAAGCAAAACUGUGAAAAGAAGGUGGUGGGUGGAGUGCUUUUUUACUGUUAUAUAUUGACAAUAUAAAUUUAGAAUAAUUUUGCAUUUAUUGAUUGAAGACUUCUUUAGAAAUCAAAAGGCUUAGACUGUUCCCAUCUCACUUCCCUCAGUCCUUAUUAGCUCUGUGAAAGCGCCUGCAGAUAAACAGCCUUUAGUAGCUGCUAACUGAAGCUAACAGUUUAUUGGCAAAGCUAGCUUCACUGCUUCCGUGCUCAGUGCACGUGCAGCUCUCUCUCUCUGUAAGAUUAAACUUUUUCACCUCUGAUUCACUGAUUUGUUGCUGUUGAUUCAGAAAAACAAUAAUAUAUACGCAUUUAUAAAUAAUUAUUUCUUUUUCUCUUUCUCCACGUCGCUGUUUUCCCCUGAGCGGAUGUGACGUCACAGCGCCCCGCCUCUUCCUCUCUCUUUUCAUCGAGGCUCUGCGCGAGGCCGCUCAACAUGCAGAUCUUCGUGAAGACUCUCACGGGGAAGACCAUCACCCUCGAGGUCGAGCCCAGCGACACCAUCGAGAAUGUGAAGGCCAAGAUCCAGGAUAAGGAGGGAAUCCCUCCUGAUCAGCAGCGUCUGAUCUUCGCCGGCAAACAGCUGGAGGAUGGACGCACUCUGUCCGACUACAACAUCCAGAAAGAGUCCACUCUUCACCUGGUGCUGCGUCUGCGUGGAGGCAUCAUCGAGCCCUCGCUCAGGCAGCUCGCCCAGAAAUACAACUGCGACAAGAUGAUCUGCCGCAAAUGCUACGCUCGUCUGCAUCCGCGCGCCGUCAACUGUCGUAAGAAGAAAUGUGGACACACAAACAACCUGCGCCCCAAGAAGAAGCUGAAGUAAACUGUGGGCCUGACGCGGCUUCAUCUGUGUCAAAUAAAUUUGUAGAAAGUC